UCGCCUUCGGCGGAAUACAGUUUCGUGCGGCAGCUGCGUUAAGAAAGGAAGAGCUUGGGGUUCUACCAAAAAAAAAGAAAGUGGAAGAGGUUGGUGACUGCUGUUUCGGUUUCUACUCUGUGAGGCAGCGCGGAGAAGAACGAAUUGAGGAUCCAGAGAACAAGAAUGGGGCUUCAAGAAAAAAAGGAAAACGCAAAAAAUGGAGGAAGUUCGAGCAAAGAGCUUUUGCGGCUGGAAAAGGAGGGUUCAGCCAUAGCCCGGUCGGCUCGCGAAUCUUCACUUCUCUUCUUUGGGAAAGAUUCGAGCGUUCAUCUAUCUAAAGCAGCUCCUUACGAUGGGAAACUUACGACUGCUGCAGUUCCUGCCAGCCAAGUGCUAGGAAGAGUUAAAGAUCUACUGGAACUCAUAGCAAAACAGCCAGAUCCCAAGGAUAAUUCCGGGAACUGUGACAUUGAAGCACUCACAGGAAACGAAUCCGAAGUUAUUGAAAUGGACUUGAUGCUGGGUGUAGCAGAGCUUCACAAUGAGCAAGCUGUAGCUGCUGCUGAAGCUGCCCUAGCUGGAGCCCUAACACUGAUAACAUUGGAUGGUAGUAGUAGCAGCGAGUCAGACUCGGAAGAUUCAAGCGAUGAUGAAUGUGAUACGGAAGGUGUUGAUGAUCAUGAUAGUGCAAGAAAUGACGAUAUCAGGAAAGACGCUUCAUCAAAUGACGCAUCAACGUUCAGCAGAGAUGGUUCAACUGGUGUUGUCAACAAGAGCCCAAAGAAGCAACCUAAAAUUAUUCAGAUGCUUUGA